AUGAAGACAUAUGGAGUGUUUGUUGUCUUGUUCGUGUAUUAUCAUUCUUCCAACGCUCAAUGUGUUGGCACGCGUUCAGUGACUUUUACAAGAUGGUCUGGCGUUACUCCGGAGACUGCUACACCUGUGUUCGUGUAUUCAGCGAGCGGUGACGAAGAAUCCCUAGCUGGCGCCUGCCUAGCCCGAUGUAGAGAGCUUGAGGAUUGUGCUGCGGUAGUUGUAGCAUAUGGCAGAGGCAACUGUCAAGGUAUAGCAGACAGUACUAAGUCGAAGCUGAAGACUGACAAUGAUGUGGCGUAUUUCAAGAAAAUUUGUUUAGAAUUGCCUGGAGAUUGUACUAAUCGUUGGUGGGCUUUGGAGAAUACUCCAGGUUACCACUUGCAUUCUGAAGGCUCUCACCUGAAAGUGAUUCUCAAUGCUACCGUUUAUGACUGCUACGACGCCCUGUUUGCACCAAAUUUAGAUAAACAAUUUAGGUCAGCACAAUGGGUGUUACCUCAAGGCGAUUUUGAUGGGGAUAUGAUCUCAACUUCGGACUCUGCGGUCGGCAAUUGUAUUCUGAACCUGGAGAACAGAUUCACUGAACCAGAGUCCUACCGAGUCUCCAAUUACUACACGUUUUAUAUUGAGAGUCAGUGUAGCCAUGACUAUCAAAAGAAGAUUGACAGAUGUUCUUACGAAGAAUAUCAUAAUCAGACGUUGAAACACGUAGAAUACACAAUCAAGAAUUACACCAAAGAUGAGUGCAAGACAUCGUGUGAGAUAGCCGAGCGAUUUGUAUGCCGUGGGUUCACAUGGAUAACAGAGGGACAUUCUAAGGGUAGCACAGUAAGAGGGCUCUGUGACUUGCACAGCGAGGAUCUAAUCACAACAGGCUCUUGGCUCUUGAGGAGAGUUUCCGCUGCUACUUACUACCGAAGAGUGAUCUGUCUUAACAUAAGCGUAGAAUGCGAAGGAACUGACAUGUUACUGACGUACAAACCACGUGGCGUGUUCCGAGGCCGUGUUUACGUGCCGGGCCGGGGCGACAAAUGUAGUGCGCGCGGUACAGGGGCAGAGGCACGGCUGACAUUACCUCUGCACGGGGAUUGUGACGUCAACUUUGCGUAUGGCAUAUCUAAUGGACCUAAUGGUAUCAUUAAUAGUACCAUGGCGUACGUCAUAAUCAUGAUCCAGAACAAUCCCAUCAUACAGACUGCUGGUGACCGCUGGGUUCGGGUGGGGUGCUCACCAGGAGCGCGUUCAGCCACGCAAGUUGAUGCUACGAUCGCUGUCAGAGAAAUUGGAACAAGCUAUAAAUCGCCAAUAUCAGUGAGCGAAAACGAAAUACCAAAGGCGGUGGCCCCCGGAGCUGCAAGUGCUGUAUACGCCGCGAGCACUGCUCCCAUAACGAUGUACGUUGUGCGAGCACUGGAUGACACUGGGGCAGGCACUGUCUCCCUCGGCGAGCCGCUGGAAUUGAGAAUCGAGACUACUGAUGAGACGGAGCUUGAGGCGUAUCAUCUGGUGGCUUCAUCCAGGCUUGGGGACAGCUCUGUCCUUCUUCUCGAUAGUACAGGAUGUCCUACAGGCCAGGUGGAUUUCCCGCAGUUCACGAGGUCUUGGCUCGGAGGAACACAGCGACUGUCGGCUCGGUUCAAAGCGUUUCGCUUUCCUACAUCGCAUGUAGUUCGAUUUGCACUCCUGGUGCGAUUCUGUGAGAACAAGUGUCCUCUCAGAGAAUGCAAUGGCAAACAAAACAGAAACGUACGUCAAACGAACGACACCUUCUACCAGUUAGGGGAUGAAGUUCAAGCGGCGGUAACAUCAGAUACUAUGACGUUACGUAGAGGAGGCGUGGUUGCCCAAGGUGGGGCUCCUCCAUGCACUCCUGCAGUUGCUGGCGCAAUGUCGAUGGAAUUGGAAAUGCUUGUGGGAUCCAAUUACAUACUGUCUACCGACACGCUGGUACGAGCUGAUCAUCGAUCUUCUAUACCGGAGGAGGAAAAGGUGACAGAUGGCGCGUUGGUGUGCAUCCACGAGUUGCUCCUGGUGUCAUUACUACUCGCCUGGCUUGCUGUACAGAUACUGCUGCUACUUGGUUGCUGUGUUCUCGUCAAAAGAUAUCGUAACCUAGCCGAUCUGAGCAUGCAGAAAGACUACCAAUCAUUUGACAACGUAGGCUUCGACACCGUGUCUUCGCACCGUCGAGUGCACUGGCCGGAUCAGAACAUUGACAUACUGCACGCCACUUAA